AUGUCAGAAGAAGAGUCUCAUGAGCAGGCAUCUUCUCCAUCGCUAUGGUCAUAUGUAACCACUCCAUUUAAUUCAUUUAAUCAAGAGCCCGUUUCACUAAACUUGACUAAUCAAAUCCACCACAAACAGGUGUUGCGCUCACUGCUCUAUCCCGUAAACCAGGCAGGAACAAGCCCAAAUGGACUUAGAUCUCGUAGCUCUUCAACAAAUAUCACGACUACUGCUACAAUGGUUCCUCCAGACCGUCCAUUGUGUCCACCACCAUCAAAUUCACGUCUGCAAUUAGCAAAUGUGAUUCGUGAAGCCUUGGAUGUGGACGAUGCUGAGUUUCAGGAUACGAAGGCUGUGCUGCUUGAGACGUUUGGAUCUGAUACAGUACAAUCGGAACUGGGAGCUUAUAACGUGCUUCUUGGCAGCGAUGCAGCAUUCAUCAAACCCACUGACUUUGAUUCGCCUGCUAAAUAUGCUGCAUGGAAGACCGCAGAGCAAGCUGAUAUGGUUAAGCUUGCGUUGCUGACUGCCACAUCAGAACCUCGUGCGCUUUUUUCUGUGACUGUCGUGGAAGCUGUGGAUAUCAUGGCUAAAGAUAAGAAUGGGGCUAGUAAUCCGUAUCUUGCAAUCUUUACCGAAGAUCGGACGUUUGUGUCGCAUGCUGUGCAAAAGAGUGUUGAUCCUGUUUGGAAUUUUACCGUUACGAUACCAAUGACAAAAUCAAGCGACCCAUUCUUCAUUUCGAUAUGGAAUCGGCCAGGAGGUGCUCGUGGGCCAAUAUCACCGAAUACUAAAGAAUCCUUCUUGGGGAUGAUGGAGUUGGACUUCGCGAGACUUGUCGAAGGCACUAAAAAUGGUGCUACCCUCAGUCUGAAACUGCCAUUGAGUAAACGGAAUAAACGGAGCCAUGUUACUGGAACCAUACAUAUUGUUGUUGAUAGAGUUGCCCAGGCUGAAAAGGCAAAGUUUUGCACUAUACCGUAUGAGCCACGCCUUGCAUACACAGCUCUUGCCCAAAUGUUGCUUCAGCAUGACUUGAGGAAGGCAUCGCCCGCUCUGAGUGUUCAGUCAAGGGAAAUACUGCUGAUUGUUGCCUCUAUAUGGAGGAUUUCUGCACAGUCUUCUUGUAUCAUAUUAUUCGAGCUGGCAACUGCUCUGUUCAUUGAGAAACGCAUGGAGACUCUACCUUACUAUCAAAUCUUUUUCUCACCUGCUAUGGCGUUAACGAGGGUUGAUACGUUUACAAUCAAGGAUACCGAGUCAUUCAUGACGACAUUGAGGGGACUGCACCUCGUUCUCAAUGGUCGGCUAUCAGACAUGUUUACAGAUCGAAUAACAAAAGAACAGGGUGAUUCGGUGACAACAAUCCUUGUCAUGUAUAUCAAGAAUUCUACUCUGAUACCACGUCAAGUUGCCGAGCUAAUAACGCCCAUCAAGACGACCAUACAUAAUGCUCUGGAGGCACGGUUUAUUCAACUCCACACGACUGCCGAAUCGAUUGGAGCAAAAGGAGCACAAGGAGCUGAUUUGCAUAGCUUGGUGACUUUACUUACGGGUGAUUUGCAGGGACUCGUCGACAAUUUGGAUGGGUUAUUACUAGAACGGAUGCAUGUACCAACAAUGGCCGCAAUUGUCUUUUAUGAGCGACUUUCAUUGGAAUUGGAUGCUUAUGCCGCUGAUCCAGAACCGGAUUUGGAUGAUGCUUUUGCGUUGUGUCGAGCUGUUGUUAAACUGAGGGUCGCGUAUGAGAGUAUUGACCAUAGGCUCGCUGACAAGUUUCGAAUCACCUAUUGGUUUAUUGGUGCUGUGAGGGCAUGGUUGGCUGUUACAGAACGCAAGAUACACGAAUGGGCACAGAAUGCUGUUGCUUUUGACAAGUUUUUGCCAAUUUCACCAGAAGAAGGGAUUCUACAUUCAACAUCCGUCAUUGAUUUGUUUACAUCCUUCCAACAACAAGUUGACUUCUUUGUUGGAAUUGGAUGGCCGGAUGUUCGUACAGAGAGAGUGUUUGUGUCUCGUCUCGUUGAGAUCUUCACAGAAGCAAUUGAACGAUACAGUAACAUUCUCAGGCGAAGAAUUAUUGGCGACUUUGAAAUUGCCGAGAUUGUCAAGACGGCAUCCAAGGAACCACUACCUAUAAAGAGCGAGCCACCAGCAACCAUUGGAAUGAAAAUUAACUUCAAGAUGCCCAAGAUUCUGAGUAAGAAGGUGCAGCUUGGAGAGGAUGAUGUUAGAGUACUCAGUACGGCUUGUGUUAAGCUGAACGAUUUACAUCACAUGCCUGAACGAUUAGAGUAUCUUGUAAAACGACUACCAGAAUCUUCAACAGGACCCAUUCCUGACGACGAAGCAGCACAAAACAACCCAAGUCUUCCACCACGAAAACCUAAUAGAGACGCACUACCACGACCACCUCUACGAAUCACAGUAGUACGUGGUGAGUAUCAUCCAUGUGUACGACCUCUCGCUACGGAAUUGUGUAUAGCUAUCUAUGCCAAUGGUCUAGAAUUAGCUCGUACCCGUCGUAUUCUACAACGUGUACGACCAGUAUGGCAUGAAUCACUACAUCUAGUAUCAGGUCGUGGGGCACUGGAGAUCUGCUUGAUACAUUGCCUUCCAGAAGGUCAAGAAUAUAUAAUGAGCCGAUCAGUUCUUGAUUUCCCAGAUACAGGAGGUGAUCAAACGGUCCUCCUUUCACCAUUUGGUCGAGUCCAACUAAAAGUAGAAGUAGGACAAACUGAUGCAGUCGAGUUUGCACUGGAACGUGCCAAAUGGGUUUGUGCCAAAGCCGAAAACGCAGCUAUAGAUGAUUUCGUAAAGACGCUAUGUCACGAUCUACGACCACGAAUCAAGGAUUGUUGUAAACGACAUAAACGCAAAGUACUUGCGGAUGCAUUCAAGGCGUGGGUGCCUACCAAACUAAAGAUGGUCAACAGUUCAGGGUUUUUGGGCUCUAUGAAUGGAGGAAGUGGAGCCAAGACGCCACCUAGUGUGAGUGAUUCGUCAUCUGUUACCAAUAUGGACGAAGAAGAGGUUGAGAUGGAUUUAGCUCCGGUGUUGGGGUUUCUGAACUCCAAUUUACGAGUCAUGAGCUCUAGCAUGUAUGAUGAUUUGGGAAAUAAGGUGAUUCGACGUAUUUGGGAUCGAUUUGUGAGAGUUUGUGAGGGGUUGUUGGUGCCUCCGUUAGGAGAAGAUGGUAAAGACAAGAAACCGUGGGAUGAAGCUCGUGUAGCAUGGAUGAGACAGGCUGUUGAAAUCUUUAGAGACUUUUUCCAUUCUGAUGGAGACGGUUUGCCAGUACCCGUCUUGCAUACAGCUAGAUACAUGCAACUGACUCUUACUAUGGAGCACUACUUUUACUCGAAAAACCAUAUGCGCGACUUUGUUGCCAAGUACUUGCAGGAUGUUAGAGUUGAUGGUGGAGAUUCCUCGAUAGCUGGGAACGAAGGGCUGGGAGUUGGUGGUGUUGAAGGACAGCCGGAUGGACCUGAAUGGGCUUUGAGGCUCGUGAAAUUAUGGAUGCCGCGAGGAGACUCAGUAGAUAACAUCUUGAGAGCUUGGAUUGAAAUGAAGGCUGUUAUAUUGUCAGCAGCAGAAACAAGCUCUGCGUAA